UGUUCCGGGGCUGAGCCCGGCCGGGAUGCGGCGCCGAGGGGCGGCGGGGGCCGGCGGCCGCCUCCUCCUCCUCCCGCUGCUGCUCGAUGUCUGCAAUGUUCUUUCCCUGGAAAUUAAAGCCAGUCCUAAAGUCCGAGCUUUUGUGGGUGAGCAAGUGCUGCUGAAAUGCUCCUUCAAAUCCAGCUCCCCCAUCACGGAGAGCCUGCUGGUGGACUGGACCUACCGUCCCCUUGCUGGGGGCCAGAUGGAGACAGUUUUCCAUUAUCAGUCUGUUCCACACCCCACAACAGCGGGGAAGUUCAAAGACAGGAUAUCCUGGGUUGGGAAUGUUGCUAACGGUGAUGCUUCCAUCGCUAUCCAAAGCCCAGUGCUCAGUGACAACGGGACGUUCAUCUGCAGCGUGAAGAACCCUCCGGACGUUUAUCACAACAUUCCCCAGACAGUGCUGGUGGUUACAGAGCGGGGCCUGGCCUUCCAGCUGACCUCAGCAGCUCUGCUCUCCAUCCUGGUGUUUCUCCCUUCCAUCCUCGUGGUCAUUCUGCUGCUGGUGAGGAUGGGGAGGAAAUUCCGGGUGAUGAAGGAGAAAGGAAAAUGUGGCUACAAGAAAUCCUCCAUCGAAGUGUCUGAUGAGCCUGAGCACACAGACACAGCCGGCUGCGGGGGAAAACUCAGGGAGUGGUGCCUGAACUGUGUGGACACGGAUGAGGAAGAUCCAUACUGAUGGAAGACUGAAGCUGUGGAAAAAUACUAAAAUUUCAGCACUGAAAACUGUGGUUAGAUCCUUCCAGAGGCUGCUGGAUAACCAGUGCAGGUUGAAGGAUGUGCUCUGCUCUCUGUGGAUUGGAAGAAUAAUGCUGAUGGGAUAAUUCACUUCUAUUUAAGCACAAAAUAAUGAUUUUUUUUAAAAAAUCUCUCUAAUACAUUGGGGAAAAGAAAGUCUCUUGCCCUCAGAUCUGCAGGGCCUACAGAAGCCUCAGUGCCUACAGUGCCAGCGUGCCUUGGUUUACCUGCAAAUUGGUUUUGUUUAUUGGUUUGAUUUUUUUUUUUUUUGUGACAUUCCUCCUUUCCUGAGCCCUGGAAACCCAACUUCUUGAAGUAAAGGCUGCUCCAGCUCUCUGGGCUGCUUGCCUUUGGGCACUGACAAGGUUUAUUCUCAGUUUUUGUGGAACAUACUGACUCAAACCAGUUUGAUGAUGGUAUCUGGCAUCCUCUGUCUUGGAGUGAAGAGAACCUACUGCUUUUGAAGUAUUUUUUGGUUUAUUCAGCUGCAUCACUGGGUACCUCUCCUUCUACUUGUAGAAGUGAAGCACAAUUCAUAGAAAGCUUUUUUUUUUUUUUCUUUUCUUCUUUUUUAAAUCAGAAAUGCCAAUGGGGACUCUGUUUCUGGGGACACACAACCCCAUCUACCUCAGCCAUGGACUCAAGCACUGCCCAAAGGAAUGUUCUGUUUGCAGUAGUUGUUUUCUUCCUCCCUUCUUCUAGGACCCAUUUUAUGGAAAUGUUUAAUUGUGCAGCAUUACUUCCCCUCGAGGAAGGGCAUUUCCUCUUUCCCCAGCCUUGUCCAACAAUGAAUGGCAGAGAGCAGAGGAAUUCACUCACUCAACCCCUAAAAAGCUGCUGUCUUUCUGUAUCAGUCAAAUAUUCUCCUUUUACAGAUGUGCUGCAGGUUUGCUGUUGAUUUUGCUGUGCAAUUACCAAUAAAUUGCAUUAUUUCA